AAUUUCAUUCUUUUAAUAAAUAAAUUUUCAAUUGUUAUCAACAAACGAUUAUCUUUUUCGAUUUCCAUACAUAUGUACAUAUCAUCUUACAUACAUUUUUCGCUACCUUUUUGGCAUAUUUGUUUACAAAGCCAUCGAAACUUCUAAAUGAGUGCAAUCUAUAAAGAUUUCCAUCGAUGCAAAAUAAUAGAUUGCAAACAGGGCGCUGUUCGCGCAGUGCGUUAUAAUGUCGACGGCUCAUAUUGCCUCAGCUGUGGAUCAGAUAAAAAAAUAAAAUUAUGGAAUCCUAAAACGGGACUAUUACUUAAAACGUACGGUGGACAUGCAGAUGAGGUUACAGAUGCAUCGGGCAGCUGUGAUAGUUGCUAUAUUGUUUCUUCAAGUCUUGAUAAAAGCAUAAUAUACUGGGAUGUCUCCACCGGUGUACCAGUACGUCGUCUGCGAGGUCAUGCGGGUGGAGUUCGAUGUGUUUCUUUUAAUGAGGACUCCUCAAUCGCUAUUUCUGGCGGUCGCGACAAUGCCGUCUUAUGUUGGGACAUUCGAACACGGCGUUUAGAACCCGUGCAAAUUAUGAAAGAAGCAAGGGACUGUAUUACAGCAGUGCAAAGUAAUGAGCAUAAAAUAAUAACGUCUUCUUUGGACGGUUGCAUACGCCAAUAUGAUAUACGUGUUGGGGAAUUAGUGUGUGAUAAAAUCGGGGAACCUAUAACAUUUUUCAAACUCACUCGUGAUGAACAGUGUAUUGUAGCAGCAUGCCAAGAUAGCACCGUUCGGCUAAUCGACUGUGAGAACGGCAGUUUAUUGUCCGAAUACAAAGGGCACAAAGCAGAAGAUUUUCAUAUUGAAUGUGGUAUUAUGGCGAACGAUGCGCAUAUUGUUUCAGGUACCAGUGAGGGUUGUGCUGUUAUGUGGGAUCUACUAGAUGGAAAAAUCCUUCAACGUAUUAAAAUAAGUGAAAAUGGAGGCGUGGUUAAUUCAUUGGACACUCAUCCUGUGGGAAAUGAAUUAGUACUUGCUCGUAGGAGAGAUAUAUAUGUAUAUAAUACAGAUUUAAAUGAAGAAAUUGAUACAACAACUAUAUAGAAAUAAUGCCUCUUACUAAGUAAUAAAUCUUAAAAUAUUGUUAUUAUAUUUGCCAAUUAGAAUAUUUGACUUUAGUUCCAGCUUAGAGUAGCUAA